AUGGACCACCAACCGAACUCGCCUAUUAGGCCCAAGCAUAUUCCAUCGCACAUGAUCAACGGAUCGUCUCCUCUGGUCACCCAAGAGAACCGAGAUGCGCGCGAGCGGGAGAACGCUUUCAAGUCCAUCAAAUCCUCUAUGGGUCCUAAGAAAGAGCCUCUCGAUCUUGAGGGCAACUACUUCCAAACCCAAAACAAUGCUCAACCUCGCGACAAGCGCCCUUCCAAGCUGGCUAAUCUCGACGAGGCCGAGGCAAGAGACCCGCGUGAUGAUUGGACCUCUCAGCAGACCAGCAGAGCUAGCAGUCCCUACACUCUCGCUCCUACCAUUGACUUUGACGGUUUGAGCUGGCCCAGCACCGGCACACGCGAAAGACUCGAGUCCACCCCCGAACAGGCCGCAGCCCGCCUAGAGAAGCUCUCCGGAGCAGUCCGUACUUUGCUCGAAUGUAUCGGAGAAGACCCAGAAAGAGAAGGCCUUCAUGGCACGCCUGAGCGUUAUGCAAAGGCUAUGAUGUACUUCACCAAAGGCUACGAAGAGAAUCUGAGGGACAUUGUUAAUGGCGCUGUCUUCCACGAGGAUCACGACGAGCUUGUCAUCGUAAAGGACAUUGAGGUUUUCAGUCUCUGCGAACAUCACCUGGUCCCCUUUACUGGAAAGAUGCAUAUCGGUUACAUCCCCAACGGCCGUGUUCUCGGCCUCUCCAAGCUUGCACGUAUCGCCGAGAUGUUCUCUCGUAGACUACAGGUUCAAGAGCGUUUGACCAAACAAGUCGCCCUUGCCUUGUCCGAAGUCCUCCAACCUCAGGGCGUUGCCGUCGUCAUGGAAUCUAGCCAUUUGUGCAUGGUCAUGCGCGGUGUUCAAAAGACCAGUGCCACAACCACUACCAGCUGUAUGCUCGGCAGAAUGAGGUCAACUGCUAAGACGAGAGAGGAGUUCUUGAAUCUGCUCAACAGGAAGUAG